GGCUGGGAUAGUAAGUAUAUAUAGAAAAUGGAUGACCUUGGAGGGUUUGAUUCAGAUGAUGACUUUGGACAGCCUUUGAAUACCUUUUCUCAAGAAGGAGACCUAAACUUUGAAGAAGAUUCACCUGGAAUGGUUCAAGUAGAAACUGGGGAUGACAACAAGAUCACCUUCGAUUUAGGCGAUAUGGACAUUAACGACGAUUUGGUCGGCCAAGAUCUGGCCGACCAGCCCCUCGAUGACACCAACAUCAUCGACAUCCAGUUCGAUGAGCUUGAAGUCGAUGAAUCUUCCACUGGGAAACUCAGUGAAGACGAAGGCGACUACAAAGUCGAGGCUUCCACGAAGGAGCCUGAGAAGUGUCACGAGCUGAGCUCGCCCUUCUCGAAUGGCCUAGUGGCCCUUCGCGUUGAAGUGGUCAAAGACGAUGGUGGAGUUAAAGCAGAAGACUUGAAAGAAAGCCAGUUCUAUAAGAACAAAUCUGAGAAUUUCGAAGGAGUAGUAGAGCAGAAGAAUCUAACAGGGAAGGACGAAGACGUAGUCUGUGAGGUCUGCCAGAGCGGAGUGGGCUAUGAAGGCGACGAGAUCCUCUUCUGUGAAGGCUGAAUGAUCGCAGUGCAUCAGAGCUGUUAUGGCAGCGAAAUCGCCCAAGAUCUUCCUAAGACAGAUUGGUUCUGUCACAGGUGUGUAUACUCCAUAAAUAGUUGUAUAAAGCCUAAAGAAGUCAAGUGCUCAUUCUGACCUGUUGUGGAAGGACCAAUGAAGAGGAUUAACCAGAAGGAAUGGGGUCACUUGGUUUGCCUUAACUGGAUGGCUGAGAUCUGGUACAAGAACGAAAAGUACAAAGAAGGAAUUAUGGUCAACUCUCUUCAGAGUUGGCGAACUCAGUCAAAAUGUAAAAUUUGUAAGAAGAAGCAAGGAGCCUUGAUUUUGUGUGAUCAUGGUAAUUGCAACUACAUGUUUCACCCAACAUGUGGAAUAAAAGAAGAACUGAUCCUAGAUUUUGAAGAGACUGCAGAAUUGCUAAAUCUCCCAGAUGAUAUUGAAAUGUGCCCGAUUUAUUGCCCAAAGCACUUACAGAAGCACAUUGAUGACGCUAAGAAUGGAAAGGAGCAUCAAAUUAUCAAGAAGAACAAGCAGCCAGACUCCUCCCUCCCCGCCUACGAUGCCGAAGAAGAUGACCUAGACUUCACAGACGAGGGCAGCCUCCACUCUGAAGACUCAGAAUGUGACCUUGACCUUGAACAAGAGGAUCUAGGAAAUGUCAAGAAGCCCAAGAGAGGGAAGAAUAAGAAGACUGAUGAGGAGUUUAAAGUAGAAAAGGAACUUAGGAAAGCGGAAAAGGAGAGGGUCAAGGAACUUAAGAAGGCAGAAAGGGAAGCUAAGAAGGAAGAAAGACGGAAGAGACUGCAGGAAGAGAAGGAAGCCAGGGCUAUAGAGAGGAAGAGGAGGAAUGAAGAGCGGAAAGCACAGAAGUUGAGGAAGGAAAAGGAGAAACGUAAGGUGGUGAUAAGGAAACCUCAGGUUUUACAUAAAGAAGAGCAGUCCAAGGCUACGGAUAAGUGGAAGGCCUUCAUGCAAAUGGGGAAGAAGCGGGAGCAAGAGAUUUAUCAAAAGAAGCAUGCCCGCAAGAUUAUGAAGGAGAAGAAAAGGAUAGAGAAGGAGAACAAAAAGAAAAAGGAAGAGAAGAAGAAAUGUGCUGUUGUAGUAACUAAGAGACCUCCUGUUGAGAAGAAGCAGGAUAAAGCACAGAAUGAGGCUUUGGAGAAAGCAAAGAAGGAUUAUCUCCAGCAAAAGAAACGUCAGGAAGCUGCUAUAAUUAUAAAAACUGCUAAAGUUCCAAAAGCUAGGCUAAGAAAUGCACCUAAAACUGUUGUGAGGAAGAAGCCUAAAGAAACAUUGGUAGACCCAAUUUUGAAAGAUAUAAAAGUUGAACAACCUGAGAUUCCCAAGAAGACAGAGAUGAAGCAAGUACCUCAAGGGAAAUUCAAGUUUCAAGAGGAGAAAGAAGUAGUUCAAAAGCUACAACAAAAAGAGAACAAGGUUGAAGAGGAACCAAAGAAAGAGUUUGUUAAUAAGCCUUUCUUGGUGAGGAGAGAUGUGAAGAUCCAGCAGAGCAUGAAAAAUUUCUGAAGUAAACAAAACAAUCAGGUAGUUUUGAAGAAGGAGGCACCUAAAAUAGUGGAGUUUACUGAGAAGGUUGCAAUAAAUCCUUACUUUACUAACUUCAAGAAACCAGAUCCACCUAAUUUUGGAUUCAAAUGAUCUAACGGACUUCAGAACUCAUCCAAAACAUUGGAAAAUCCAACAAUUUACAUUUCAAAAGAUGCUUUCUCCUGUCAAAACGCAGCCCAAACUGAUCAAAAUAUCGAAAUCCAAAAACCAGAACUCAUAAAAUAUGCUUUAGAACUCUUAGAAUCCCAUAUAUCGACUCAAAAAAUCGAUCCAGAGCUCGAAAACACCAUAAAACUAGGCCACACCCCUCACAUCUCCUUCACAAUUUGCCAAAACUGCAAAUCCUGAAUUCCCCCUACCCACAUUCCCCCAUCUACCACCCCUCUCCACAAUGAAGUCACUAAAGAAGAUACUGACAGUGACUUAGACGACAUAAUCAUAAGUUAAUUUUCAAUUAAAGCCCAUAAUAAAGGG